AUGAAACAUAGAUUUGAUGCUAAUCAUGAUAUACAAGAACAAGUGAAUGAACUAGUUAAUUCAUUUCGAAGUUCAUUUUGGAUUAAUGAACAUAAAUUGUUUAUCCGAUGCAUUACAUCAAGCAAUACUAUUCAUCUUGACUCUUUAUCAAAAUUACCUAAUGGCUAUGAAUAUAAACAACUUGAUUCGUGGCAAUCAACAAGAGAUCUUCAUAUAAAUCUUCCUAUCAAUAAUCAAUUUUGGUCAAUGGUUUCAAGUUUAAAACGACUCUAUUCACUUAGAAUAUCGUCUUAUACUGAUAGUUUUUAUUCUCAAUUGCAAUUGUUACUUGAUCAAGCAGUUCAUCUACACAUAUUAACUGUUCGUCAAGAUGCCUUAUUACCAUUUCAAUCAUCAUUAUUCAAAUUAACAAGUACAACAAUUCGUAAACUCCAUUUAGAUUAUUAA